CACGCGCGACGCGAGCCGGAGUUUACGUACGAAAGUGAAAGUAGUUACGAACUUUUUGAAGAAAGUGUUUAUUUUUUACUAUCGUUAUAACAUUUUAAAAUGUGAUAUAAAUAACUAAUUUUGAAAAAAAAAUAUAUAAAAUAUGCAACGUAAUUUGUUACACUAAUUUAUUUAACGUGAUUUACUUGAAUUUCUUUAUUUUUUUAUAUAAGAUGGAAGUGUGCAAAGAUGGAAUGGACGAGAUCGACCCAAACAACAACACGGAGAAAAGUUAUUCCCUGAGACCUCGAGCGUCGUUGAAGAAAGAAGACGAAGAUUCCGACCACGAAGACUCCUGGAGACCUAGAGGUCGAUCGAAGAAGCGGUCGAAACAAAAAUCUCUUCCGUUGAGUAAAUACCGAAGAAAAACUGCCAAUGCGCGGGAACGAUCGAGAAUGAGAGAAAUCAACGAUGCUUUCGAAGCUCUACGAAGAGUUUUGCCUCAUUGCAACACUAGAAGUGAAAACCCCAAUGAGAAGACUACGAAAAUUAUGACGCUACGGUUGGCAAUGAAGUACAUCGCAGCUUUAGACAACGCUUUGAGACAAGCUGAGUUUGACUCUGAUGGUGAAUCAUUGAUUAGUGACUACGGAAUCGCAGCUCAAAGUCGGGAACAUUCUUUGACUCCGUCUUCUACGAGUGAACACUCUGACAUCUUCGAUCAGCUGUUCAUCUCUUCUUCCUUCGACGACCAUUCGUCAACUUCUUCAAGAUGUGAUCUUUCGCCUCUUUUACGAGAAACACUCAAUUCGCCUUCUAGGAGUUCACCUUCUCUUCUCAAAUUCGACUUGAGUGCUUACUCAAAGUCUAUCGCUACUUCUAGACUGGCAGCAACUUCUGCGGUGGAUUCUAGGACCACUAAGGCAGUUCUUCCCCCGUACACUACAUUAACCAGUGCAGCAACGACAGAGUUCCCACCCCAAGUUAAAGACUCGUCCCCCGUGGAAGUGCAGGAAUACCCGGACAUAUCUUGGAGGGAAUUUGAUUGUUUAUCUCCUUCACCAGUUAAUUUAGACGACCUCUUCAUCACGUAGAACUCCAGGUGUUUUAUGAAGUGAAAACAUUGAAGUGUGCUUUUAUAUAAGUGGUCCAUUGUGAUAUAAACUGUAAGUACUUGUAAAUAGUUUGUUAUCGAUAUUUUAUCGAGGCUAUUUAUCUAUUGUGGUUUCAUAAACAAUUUAAAAAGCUUUAUAAAUGCUAUUGCAGUAACUUAGUCAAUUAAAUUGCCUUUUCAGUAUGAGUCAUAAAAGAGUAGAAGUUACAGUGAUCUAAUAACUAUUUAUAAAUCCUAUUAUUUCAUACUGAAAUAUAUUAUUCAAUCUUAGAAUGGAAUAUAAAAUCCUUCAUAGCUUACGGGUUUCUAAUAAAUAAUAAGCAAAUCAAUUUUCAAUACUCUAGUACGUUAAUUCAUAGUUUGAUUUGUAUAUGUCACCACUAGACAAAGAAUUUGAUAAAUUAACAAAUAGCACAUUUCUAUUGAGUUGUGUUCACAAAUACAAUAAUAAAGCAUUUAUUUAAUUUAUGUAUUGUGUCCAGAAACAUUCAAUACCAAAAAAACAUAUUAUACCAAUAAACUAAAUAACAAAAUGUUUGUUAUUCUUAAAUACUACUCUGUAAAACAUUUUCAGGCAUUUAUCCAAACCAAAAGAAAUGCAUAUGCUAUACUAUGACCACCACUUUUCAAUCCUUGCUUAAGAUACCUCAAAUUUUGAUUUCUUUCUCUUCCUUACAUUAAAGAAAGCAUAUAGUUUCAAAUCUUUUAGAGUACAGAUUUUAUGUUAUGAGUAUGAUUUUAACACGAUUCCAAAAUAGAAAAUAGACUAUUAGUAUUUAUAAAUGUACUUUUGUUGCCAUUAUACAGUAUAUUUCAGUUUUAAAAAUUUGGCUAAAGUAUAUCCACCUGGGCUAGAGUAUAUCCCACCCUCAUCAUAACGUAGAGACAUAUGGUAUAUAUAAAUAAAGUUUUGGUUCAGCAUUAUAUAUUUCAGUUAGACCUUAUAAGGUACUGCAUGUAAGAGGUUUUAUAAUUUUUUUUCGACAGAAAUUAAAACCAGAUAAUAUUUAACAUAAUCUAUAAUGAUUUUCUGGAAGAUCUGUUAAGUUGAUUUAUCUUCAAAGUACAUGCAAAAAAUGUAUGUUAAAUGUACCAAGUCGGUUUAUUCUGUUAGGUAAUUUAUAAAACAAGUCUUCAUACACUCACUAGGUUGUGAUAAAUGUAUUCCAUUUUGAUACGUGAAAUCUUAUGUGCCAUGUCAAUAUAAUAGUGUAAGAUCAUGCAAAAACCUGUAGAAAAUAAAAGAUUUAAUUUUUAU